AGUGAAUACAACACUGCGAAUAUGAAAGUACACAGCUGUACAUUGCUAGUACUCUAUUCUUCGUUGUAACAUGCACUACAAUAGCUGUCUUCUGUGACUACAGCUCAGCAACAGUCGACUAUUUACUCAUCUAUGUCUCCUGGACUGUUCCAAGGCUAAUUUUGAGCUACGCUUGGAGACUACAUGGCUUCAGGUGGAGCGGAGGAUGACGACAGAGGAAUCCCAUUGGACAUUGACAAUGUGCACAUGCUCCUCCAAGUGGAGCAGGAACAGAUCCAGAAAAGGACUUUCACCAACUGGAUAAAUGCUCAACUCUCGAAGAGAACGCCUCCCUCAUUUGUGUCAGACCUGUUUUCUGACCUCAAAGAUGGGUCGCCACUGCUUGACCUGCUGGAGGUGAUGAGCGGACAAAAUAUGAAAAGACAAAGAGGCCGUGGGGUUUUUCAGCAACGGGCCAACAUUGAAACAGCACUGAACUUCCUCAAGAAAAAAUCUAUCAAACUGGUGAACAUAAACAUCCCAGAUAUCAUAGACGGACGGCCCUCCAUCAUUCUCGGCCUUGUGUGGACCAUCAUUCUCCACUGUCAUAUUGAGGAGCUGGCCAGCACUCUCUCUUUCAGCUCCCGUCACUCGUCCCUCGACUCUCUGGUCAGUGUGGACUCCUGGUCCGGCAGCCCAAUCCCAGCUAGUCCAGUUCCUGCAGGUCGGACAUCGCCCCUCCACAGACGCUUCCGAAUGUCCGCCAGAAGAGCCCUGCUCAUGUGGGUGAGGGACCAAUGCCAAAAGGUCGGUUGCUCUAUCAGCAUGAAAGACUUCAAGUCGAGUUGGAGGAGUGGAGAAGCCUUCUUGGCCAUCUUGUGCUCUCUCAGACCACAGCUGUUGGAUCUCUCUCUGGUCCGGUCCAGAAGCAACCAGGAGAACCUGGAGGAAGCGUUUCACUUGGCUGAGAGGGAACUCCACAUCGCCCGCCUGCUGGAGCCUCAAGAUGUUGAUGUUGAAGACCCAGAUGAGAAGUCCAUCAUGACUUACGUGGCCCAGUUUCUACAGUACUCCAAUGACAUGCCAGCACCUGAUGACGAUAUGCAGACAUCUCCCAGCCAGCGUGCACGAGAGGUGACCUGCUGGUUGCAGCAAGCCUACGAGGAACUGUCAGAGGCGUGGACAGCCGCAGAGAAAUCAAGCUAUGCAGAAAAAUAUCAGGUCUUUCAAAGCCUUGCCAGCAACUUCACUGAGCAAAAGAGACCAGUGAUGACCCUCUUCUCUGCUAUAAGACGAUGCCCCGACCUGAGUCAAGAGCAGCAUGCUCUCAGGACAUCGUUGGAUCAUCUGGAGGGGGAGCUGCAGAGAUGUAAAACAGACCUGGAUCGGAGUCUUCCUCCUCCUAUGGACUCUGUGGCUUUGUGGCUGCAGCGUGCGGAGGCAGCGCUAACAGAAGAGGGGGAAACAGUGAAAGACCACGCAGAUGCUGCCAAAGAAGCAAGAGCUCAACAAGACACUCUAAAGACUUUAAUUAAGGAGAUAAGCCAUCACUCCAGUAUCCUCGACACUUUCAACAACAUGGAUGACUCCGGGAACAUUAUAGUGCCCCUUGAAAAGUUUGAUGAGAUAAAAAGACGAUUAACCAAUGUCCGAGUCACAGCCAAAUAUCAAGGGAUCAAGUUGGAAUUCAAGGAAUCCCGUCACACCAUGCUGGACCUCAUGGGCCGCGUCAGUGCUAAGGUUCAGUACUGGAAGGCUCCGUACAAAUCCCAAGAGACAGUUCUUCAGCUUCUGCAGGACUGGCAUGAAACAGUGGAGCGCCAAGGUCUGCUUAUGAUUCUGACGGAUGCUCUCCAAAACCUGAAGGAGAAGGCUAAUGUUUAUACCAGCAAAGCAGCACUAGAUUCCCAGUUUGUUACUCGACAGGUGAAGGAAGCAGAAAGUGAAGCUGCGCUGGUCACACAGGCUGUGGCGACUGUGAAGACGACGAUGGAGAGAGUGGCGUCUGCUUGGGAGACCUACGACAAGUGCCUUAUCUCUCUACACACAUGGCUGAAACAGAAAGCACAGUCAGAAACCCAGUCUGCUGCUGAAGGGAUGCAGGAUAUGAGUGAGUGGACUUCGUGUCAGGCUCAGGUGAACGAGGUGGGGAACUUGCUCAUCGAAGUGACAGAAGCUUCAACCAGCCUCCUUCUGGCCGAGCAACUCAGCAAGCUCAACAAGCAGUGGGCUGAUUGCAUGAAGAAGACAAUGUUUGAAGUGUCAUCGGAGCUUGUUGUUGGUCCCCUGUGUUUUCAAAUGGUGCGUGCACUGUACCAUGAGGCCAGCUGGCUACUGAGACAACCGCUGGAGGUGGCAUCAGUCAAACUGAAGGCUAAAAGGCAGAAACUACAGCUACUCAGUAAAAAGUUAGUGGAGGCUGACAUGUCAUCCCUCGGUCCAUCCCCGGACAAAGACAGGCUUAAAACUCUCCAAGAGAUGCUGGUGGAAGCAGAGAGGACCUGCGGGGAGCUGCAGCAGGCCGCAUCCGGGCUAGAGGGCCGUCUGGCAGAGCUGGACCACUGGAGCUCAGAGGCCCUGGACUGUUACCAACUUCUAAAGGAGAAAGAGCAGAGAGGACGCACUGCACUGCAAUCUACAGCUGAAGGUUUGAUUUCUCGAAGUCUGCAGCUGGAGAACCAGGUUGUGACUGAAGGACAGAAUCUGAAGGAUCUUGUGGCACGAGUCAAGAAAACGUCUUCUCUGCAGUACCUCAGUACCACAGUCAUGCAGGACAGGAUCUUAGUGACAGUCUCCCAGUGCCAGGAGAUUCUUGGAAUGUUUACUUCCCUUGGCUUUAGGAGACAUGUUGGUGAAGCUCCUGAACAAACAGCCCAUCAGAAAAAACAAGCAGAGGCAGGAUUAUUAGUUGUGGCCAGAACCAAACAUGUAGACCAGAUUGGGAACAUUAAACUUCAAACCCAGGACCCAAGACAACUUUCUUCUCAGAUUCCCUCUCAGAUACCUCAACAGAGGACAAGAGGACUCCAGGGUCCAGGGCCUAAAAGUUACACCCAUUCCCAGAACACAGGUGGCGAAACGAUAAUCGUCAUACCCCAUGUCCAAAUCCAAAUGCUGCCUCAGUCUGUAAAGAAAGUUGAAUCUGAGGCCAUGAUCCAGCCACUGCCAUUUCCCCAAUUCCACACUCAAGCUUUAAGUCAGAGUCAAAAUGAACAACAAGCUCCUGUUGGACCAAGGUCUCCAAAAAGUCCACUGCUAUCUAAACCCACACCAAGUUCACCCACAGAAGAAAAGACAGUGUCUUCCCCUUCACAAACCCACAAAUUCCAGCCUAAAUUCAGAACAAGAGAUCAACCAAACACUCCACAGAGUUCUAAAACAUCUCCGCAGCAACUAGUUAUGGUCCGCAGUGAAGUUCAUUCAAAGGCCCAGUCAAUGGCGAGGAGCAGGCUGGAGAAGGCCAGGUUUCGUUUGCAGGGGCGCAUCCAGCAAGCCAUCAAGUUAUUUGGCGGCAAAGAGAUUUCAGAGGCCCAAGCCAAGAAGAAACAGAGAGCUUUAAAGAUUCUGCAGCCUGCCUUCCUUGAGGAGUUCCUUGCUGCAGUGGAGGGUUUUGGGGCCUUCUGCUUUGGGCCCCAGCUCCAGGACCUGAUACUCCUUUCCGACUCAGUCAGAAAGCAGUGGGAGGAUGUCUGCAGAAAAAUGGCCGCCUUUGUUCCUCUAUUAUGGUCUAGUAUAGGAGAAAAGCGCUCAUUUUCUGUUGUGGAAUGUGAAAUACAUACUAACUACGUUGUGCUUGAAGCCACUGACCAGACUGACCAUGAUUCUUUGCAGCAGCGACAGACUGUCACAGAAGGAUAUCUAACCAUCGAGGAGCGCGUUGAAUCACUGCAGGAGCUUAGUGAAACACUGACACCAAGAGAAUCCUCCUGCCUCGCAACAGACCAACUGAAGGAGGCAGAUGAAAUGCAGGAAACAAAACCUAGUGGCAAAGAGCUCCUAGAUGACAGCAGGCGACGGCAGCUCUGGGGAAACCCCCCGCUGGGAGCGACUGGCGUGCCGGACGGCCUGCAGCUGAGCAACAAUCUCCCACAGAAAACAAGCGCGGGAGGCCCACAGCGAGACUUCUCAGCUGUGGGUUAUUCUGUGUCAGGGCAGCUUCACCUUGGUGAUAUCCUCCGACUGCAAGCUCAGGACGUCCCGACAGUGAGCGAGGUGCACCUGACACAACCUAAAGUCCUCUCAGGAUCUGGGCGGGAGGCUUCAUUUCAAGACAAAGAGCAGCCGCUGAAAGCCUGUGUACUACACAUCCCACAGAGCAGUCAGCCAGUCCAAACUCACAUCCAGAUGGUUGUCAGGGGCGACACUGUGGAGACCAAGCAGGAGGCAGAGUGGACCGUCAUCCCAGAGGAAGCUGCCGCACCACAGGAAGAGCUCUCCUCCGAACAGAAAGUACCUGAAAGGAUGGUGUCUCUAGAGAACUCUGCAGACCUCAUUGAGUCUGCAGAUAAUCAGAUGGCACGGAUAACAGAGAAACUGGACCGGAUCAUCAGAAGCCCUGUGGACAUUUCCUCCUUGACUCUGGCUGAUCCUCGACUGGUAUUAAACUUAAAGGAAAUGGAUGGCAAAUUGAAGUCUGAAAUGAGACAGCUAUCCAAACAAAGUGCUGAAGAGGACAGACAAGGGCCGGAAGCCACAUCCUCUUUAUCUUUCUGCCAGAACCUCCACAGCAGUGUCCAUCAUGUGGAGCAGCUCAGACAGCAGCUACUGAAAGUUCACUCAGCUGUCUGGUCCCUAGAUCGCUUCUUGGACACAACAAGCGAAGUUGAGGCUGAGAUCUCAACCCUGCAGGCUAAACAGGAUCCCAGCAGGCAGCGAAAUGAGGCAGACCGGGAACAGGACAGAGUUUCUUGGCUGCCAGCAAUGCAGCAAAGGUUGCAGACUGCUGUGGAACAAUCUGAUGGUGUUGACAGCUCUUUAAAGGCCGUGGGGAUGACUCUGACCAUGGACGGUGCAACUGUGACGUGCCGGGAUGUGGUGACAUCAUUGUCCCAGAAAGUUGAAGAAAAACAGAACAAAGAAGAUAAAGACAACACACAAUUUCCUCAAGGAAAGCAGAAAAUGCGCAAGAAUGAGGAAGUGAAUACAGCAGAAAUGUGUCAGACUGAUAUUAGGGACGAUUCACCACUGCAGGGCCGAGCACAGAAGCAGCAGAAUCCCACUCCAAGUGUGAUGGAAGAGGAGUCAGGAUCGGAGGCAAAAAGGAGUAGGCUGGAAGGAGAGAAUGACACAAAGACAGAGGAGGAUGAAGAGCUCAAGGCUCCAACACAGAUACUGGAGGGGGAAGACUUAAAAACCAAAAGCCAGAGGAGAAGAAGAAGAAGAAAACAGGUGAAGACAGAGAAAGAGGAGGACGAGAGUCUGGUCCAGAGGAGAUCUGUCUUGUUAGGAGCCCUGAAAGAGAUCCAAGGAGCAGCUGAGCAGCUGGGGCUGCAGGAGCCCACCCUGCCUGCUCUGCAGCAGAGGACUCGUGCCUUGACAAAACUAGAUAGCCAGCUUGCUUGCCACCUCUCUGAGCUGCAGUACUUGUGUGGUGCAUCUUCACAAUCAGCCGUCCCUGAUGACAGCCAAACUAGUGCGGUAGAAGAUCUCUGGAAGGAGACGACAAAAGCCGUAACUGACCGGCUGGAUCAGUGUUGUAACCUAACAGAGCUGCUGAAGAGGUUUCAGAGCAUUCGCGGUGAGCUGAGGGGAACACUGCAGAGGGCAGAGAGCACCAUUAAUGAGCAAGCCUCUUACAUGGGGAGAGACAACCUGCAGAGACUACACACUCAGGUGCAGGAAACCAUAGCCGAGCUGAACGGCCUCGGGGUCAGCAUAGAGGAGGUGCGCAGCGUCUGCCGGCAGCUUCACACUCUUCUACGUAAGAUCCCAGAAUGCAUCACCAUCCCAUUCGAGAGCGAAGCUGAUGCUCUGAUGGACCGCUGGCUAGAUAUAUCAGAGAGAACAGAUUCCUACCUUGACAAUAUACACCUCGGCCUGACUCUGUGGGAUGGGGUCCUCAAGCUUGGGGCAGAGGUGGAGAGCUGGACUGCCAAUAAACUAGCAGUGUUUACUCAGUCUCCGUCAUUUCAGACAGACGAGGACAUCAGAGCCUUCAAGGAUGAGAUCUUGACCCGGGAGGAGAGUAUGGACUGUUUCCACCGAAGAGCAGCUGAGAUACAAACACUGCUUCAAAGUACAGAGCCCCCUCUGGAGCUGCAGGUGGUGGAGACCCAAAUGAGGAAGAGGAUGGAGCAGCUGAAGGAGCUUGUUUCCGAAGCUGAGGAUGUUUACAGGCAGAUGGUGGCCACUAAGGGACAAAUCACUGCCAGGAUGUCUGAAUGCUAUAACUCCCUCCAGAGGGUUCAGGACUCUCUCCUCAGCUUCAGCGGCUCGGAUGUUGUGAAAAUCCUCACAAAACUUAAAGAUCUAUGUUUGUUGCUCCAGACCCAGGAUGAGCAGGUGGAAAGCCUGAUGGAGGAUCUGCAUGUUAUGGCCUCCAUAGCUGGUACAGAAAGCAUGCAGAGUCUGUCUGCGGACGGGAUUCAGCUGCAGGAGAAAGUCAGACUCGUCCACCAGAUCUUCUCUGAGGUGGAAGAACAGACUGAGAGAAACAUCCGGGAUCUCGACAGGCUGCAGAAGGAGAGUGAGCAUUUGGAAAAAUGGUUGAUAUCCGCUGAAGAAAAAGCAGCAAAGAAGGAAGAUCUCAGUCGCCUGCAAGAGGAAGCACUUCAACAAAGCGUGAGAACAAAGGCCAUCAGCCAACUUGUGUCAUCCUUACAAAGGGGCACACUUCAGCAGUCUGAGCUUGUGGAGGAAAGCACCAAACUGCUGGAACGUUGCCACAACUUCCAAACAAACGCACUGGGUGGCUGCGUGGAGCAGGACAGCUCGCUUGCGAGGGACGUAGAAGUGUUUCAGGCUUUGUCAAAGUUCACUCAGUCCAGGGUUGAAGAUCAACCUGUUGACUCUCCGCUCAAAGAAAGCAUACAGAGUCCUGUAGAGCAGAGACUUCACUCUGCUCAGGCUGUGGAAAGUGCAAUGGCAGAAGAAGAAGUCGGAGUUACCGGAAGUAGCCUGAGCCCUAGAUUGAGUGAUGGAGAUGAUAUAAAAGGGGAAACUACUCAGAAAACAGAGGAGCAGUGCAGGAACCUUCUGCAGACAGUCCAGCCUUAUCACAGCGUUCUACAAACAGAGUCAGAGCUAGCAUCCUCCUACCAGCUCCAAAAUCAGGAGGCCUGCAGCAGAUUCCAGGAGCUGCAGCGCCGAACCACUCAGCUCCCGACUUUAUUCCCCUGGCCUGGCACCGCUGAGCGUAGACAUGCCUGCCUUCUAGCCCGUCAACUGCAGGAUGAAACCAAAUCCCUGCAAUUAAUUCUCACCAGCCUGGAUAAACAGAAGCUAAACCAGACUGAGAAAACCAGUAACACCAUCUGGAAGGAGGCUGAGCUGGAGACCCGCUGCUCCACACUGACGGCAGAGCUGAAUGGUGUGUGUUCCCGCCUCGAGGAAGGUGUCCGUAAUGAGGAACAUUUUAACCAGUCGCUGCAGGACUGCCGCCGUAAAUUGACAUCCCUGCAGGAAAGGAUGUCAGCCUGUCAAGCCCGAAAAGAUGAAAGCACAGCACAGCUCACUGAUGUAGCAGCUCUGGAGGCUUUGCUACGAGAAGUAACUGACCUAGAAAAAGACCUUUUGCAACUAGUAACACUCAAGGACUCUGUCGCAGCCAGUUCCACGGCCGAGGCCCAUGUCAGCCUCUGCCAGGAAUUCAGUAGCCUCCAAAAGCACAAGAGGGCGCUAGACAGUAGUAUUACAGAACAUCUAGCACUGCUUAAAGAGAAGAUGAACCAGCGUGUGCAGCAAGUGAAGGAAGAAGCCUCCUGUGUUCAGAUAGCACUAAAAAACCUGGCUGAAAACUUGGGAAAGCUUUCUGGGAAUCAUGAAGAGCUGCCUCACAUUGGCCAGCUUAAACAACAGUGGUGUUUAAUAAAGGACCGUGACACCAGGUUGACAGUGUUGGCUGCGAGAGUUAUUGACCUGCAGAGGACUGAACAGUCAGGCAUUACACAAGAAAUGCUUCCUGCAGAUGUGGAUGCAGCUGCUAAAGAUCUUGACAGCCUCAGGUUAAUGUCUCUACAAAAGAAGGAGCAGUGUGCAGAAAACACUGCAAACAGGGUGAAACAGGCCAUCAGCCAGCUGCAGCAGUGGAGCCAAACAGUACAAGAUGAACCAUCAUCACCCAACCAGGCUGCUCUGGAUGAAGGUUUGCGGCUCCAACAAGCCCUUCAUGAAGUCUUUUCAGAAAGAGAUUUUCUUCUAAACUGUCUGGGUAUAAAAUUCACAAAGGAACAAGAGAAAAGUGCUUCAGAUGCUCUCAGUGAAAGCACACAUGCGCUUGAAAGCUUAUCUAAAAGCUCGGUCAGUCGGGGUCAAAGAGAAGUGGAAUUAGAAGAAACUUUUAAAAGUGGAGGUGAUACAAUGCACUCAGCUUCGCCUCGUGAAACUGCCUCUUCAUCAGGCUUCAGGGAAAGCUCUGAUCCGAAUGACGACAAAAUUAAAAUCCAAGGCUUUUCCCUCAUUUCGGAAAGACAUCAUGCUUCCAUAAAGCUUACCAUGCACACCUCAGGAGGAUCAAAGGUGGACGCUAAUGGUACAAAACUUGACCGAGCAUGUAUUUCUAUGCAACGAACAGAUAUUUCCAACACGUGGCCUGCAGGUAGCCUUACCCAAACAGAAGAUGCCUUAGCUCCUUCUCAAGUCCCAUUUGCCGAAAGCCCAGAUACUUUCGAAUCAAAACCCCAACAACAAUCACAAGAGUUCACGCCAAAUCCUCCGAAAACAGACACAGAUUUCUUGAGGUCAAAAUAUAUGAGCACCAUGAAUGUAAGCCAUACAGAGAGUUUAAUGUCAGAGUCGCCUCUCACUCUCAACAAGAGUUUAGUGACUCUGCAAGAAAACUCUGAGGCAUUGCAGAAAUCCCCUGAUAUUGGUAAUGAGGUGAAGCUAGAGGGCAUCCCAGUACCAAUUAAUGAAAAUCAAUCUGGACAUGUAGCAGCACAAUCAGACACAUUUAGAGGAGUUACUGAUGCUCAAGAACAAAGGAAACCCUGUAAGGCCAUGAGUGUGAGCCCAAAGAGAGUGUUUACGGUGGUGUUGGACGAGCCACAGUACAUGCUGCAAAAUGUUGGAGCCAGCAUGUCAGAUUUUAAAAGCCUUUAUGUAGAUAAACUUAAAUCAAGCACAUCUGAAGUGGAAGACUCAGUGUCAGAAAAGCCCUCUGCUGUAGUGAGUUCAGAAUUGAAUGAGUGUAAAUCCACGGGUGCCAAAUUAAGACGCUUAGAAAACUCAGAAAGCCAUGACAAAACGCAAAGCGAAGUGUCGAAUUCCUCCGUAUCAUGUGACUCUGUUGCUGAAUUUCAUGUCAGUGGUGCAGAAGCAGCAGAAACAACAUUUCCGGGUGUCAAACAAGAGGAGAUGACAGACGUGUGGCACCCUGAGGAGCGAACAAUGAGCUCAGUCUUGCGCACGGCGGAAGGUUCAGCGCUAACAGGAGAGUCUUUGACGGAAAGCCACAUACAGCCGGUGGUUGCUGACACCCCACAGAGCACAGGUACAGGACACAAAGAGGGAGAAAAGACUGAGGAAACAUGUGACCCUGACCUCACAGAGACCAAAUAUUUAAAAGUGCCAGAAACAUGCGAGUCUAAAGUGCCAAAUGUGGAAAGUGAGUCACAGUUGCCUGCACGACUGGAGGCCACGGAGAUGGCACAGGAGCAGCCUCAGAUCCAGGAGGACAUGGAGGCUGAGAGGACGGCGCAGGAGUUGGCAGCUCAUCCAGGAGCAGGAGAGAUGACAGCUGAAUCACCUGGAUCUGAGUCCUACAAACACACAUCCACCAUGCAGGACAUUUUUUCUGAGGUCCAGAGCUUGGUGGAAAGAAGUAACAUUAUAAAUAGGAUACCUCACAUUGAUUUAAAUUGGUACCUGAAGUUCUCUCCUGGUGAAACAGAGAUUCGAUUGGUACGAACAGUCCAAAAGGUUCUGGCAUGUCGGUAUCAGCCAGCACAGCUGGAUGUCACAGCUAUGGCCAAACAGCUGGAGGAGGCACAGGAUUACAACCGCUCUGUGCUGGAGCAGGUGGCUACAAUGAAAAAAUCAUGUUCUGUCGGGGUUUGUGACCCAGGUUACUUGAAAAGUAUUGAAGGACAAUGGAGUGCUGCACUGCUAGAUGCGUCAGCCACAGUGCAGGUCAAAGCUGCACAGCUUGAUCAGGUCAAACAGUAUCACAAACAGAUAAGCAUCACCAGAGCUUUCCUGGAUGUUCUGGCUGCUGAGAAAGAAAAAAGGAGCUUAAAUGCUUUAGGAAGUAGUGCCCUUCAAGCUGAAAAACUUCACAGUCUGCUGAAAACCAUGGAACUGAAGAACGACAUGAUGGAAGAGCUCCUUCGAUUAAGUAGCCAAUUGUCGGUCCACUUGAGCAAGGCUGAAAGCUCAGGUGCACUUUUUGCCCAGCUUGGAGAUGUCCAGGAAGAAUGGAGGCUUUUGAAAGGAAGUAUCAAGAUAGCUCUGCGGCAUGCCUCAAACACUGCCUCUCAAUCCUCUCUUCUUAUAAAAGAGGCUGAAGAUCUUAAAGAAAAGCUUGAAGCUCUUCAGAAAUCCAACAUUUUCACACAAUCUUCUGGGAAAAUCCAUGACAUCAAAGGCAUGAUGGAAUUAGUUUGUCUGACCGCAGACCUAAAACUAUAUAACCAGCUCUAUCUGCACCUACAGUCCAAGUCAGACGCUCUUGUCCAUUUCUCUCUGGGUCGGAAAGAGAGGACUGAGAUCAAACAAAAUCUUCAGGAAUUGUGGUCCUUGCUCGAUGUAACCAAGAGCAGGCUGGACACUUUAACAUGUAGCGCCGGUUGCGUUUCUUCAGCUAGAGUCAACAAUCAAUUACGGGACUUGUUCAUUUGGGCGAAACAGGUAGAAAACCAUGUCGCAAUUGGAAAAAAGUUGUCUCUUUUCCCUGAGGAGGCUCGUAUUCAGAUUGUUGAGAUGAAAAGGUGUCAAACUGAUAUUUUGACCAGACGGUCCAAGAUGCAGGCAGAAGUUAAAGAAAUGAAAGCAAUAGCGUCUGACAUGGAUAACGAGGAAUGUGACCAAGUAUUGAAGACAGUAGAAGAUCUGUAUGGAACCAUUGCUGACAGCUUCGAUCAUGUUCUCGACACCAUGAAGAAAAAUCUACAUGAGAGAGGGAAACUGUUUGGCCAGCUUACUAGCAUGGAUGACUGGCUAGCGGAAACACAUGCUAAAAGAGAUCUAUGCCCUCACUUUGAGAAUGUGUCCAAAGCUGACACAAGAAAGCUGGAGAGCGAGCUAAAGAUUUACAAGUUAGCCACAGUUGAGAUUGAGAGGCAGCUACAUCUGGUGGAGGCAAUGGCAGAAAGUUGCAAAGACGUAGCAGCAGGGCUGAGCCCAGGAGAGAGCCGCUACCUUGUCAAUAGACUGUCAGGCCUUUGGACAGAAUUAGAUGUAUUGAUGGCUCAUGAGAAAGCAACCAGCUGGGAAUUAAAGGAGCUGGUUCAUGAGCGGACCGCUUCAGAUGAGGAGCUAUCUACCAUCCAGGACAGUUUAAAGCAAAUUUCCACUGAUUUAGAGCAGCUUCGGUUCCCUUUAGCAAAGGAUACCCUUUCAGCAAUCGCAGUGUUGAAGCACAUGCUAAUGGAGCAUCAGUGUCAAGUACAAGACAUUCAGCACUGCCAGGCCGCCAAGCGAAACUCUCUGCUGUGCUCCAUUGGGGAACUACAAGACAGGUGCAAAGCUCUUAGUAUUCAUGCCUUUGAGCAAGACAAAUAUCUUUACCUUAGAGGACAAAUGGAGGAAUCAAGGGACAUUGCCAAAGAGCAAAUCCAGUGUGCCAAAGACAAAAAAAUCAGAGUGGGUGAGAGGUUCAGAAUAUGCCAGUCACUCUUAGUUGAACUUCCUUUGGUGAAGACACAGUGUCAAGAAGCGGCAGACCAACUGGAGGCCAUAGCUCAGGAGUUGUACACAUCAGACCUUAAUUCAGAGAGGAAGAGGAUCCACCACACUGUGGAAACUUUAGUCUCCUGGGAGAAUUCUGUCACAGAUAUUAUCAAAAACCUGGAGACCAAGCUUCUGUUAGGGCUGCGCCUUUCCUCUGAGCUUCCUGCCUUAAUGGAACUUUUCCAAAGUACAAGACUGGAGCUCCAGAAAGCCAAACCAUUCAAUCCAGAUGAAAAAGCCAUAGAUUUUGCCCUACAAACAUGUUGGGUUAUUUGGAGAAAUAUGGAGUCUGGGAUGCGGGUGUUUGAAGCUUUGGGACGCAAAGAAAAAAUUAAAAUGAAGAAGUACAAGGAACUGUACUCUCUUAGAGAUGCUGCCAUGAAAGAGUGCCAUUUACACAUGGAGAGUUUAUCCCAGGCUCGAGAAUCCUUGAAGGAUUACCAGUGGGCUGCUCAGGGAGCAAUAGGUUUCCUUCAUAAUGCUGAAGCCACCUUCUUAUCAGCUCCUGGAGGAUUUUUGGACUGUACUGAGGAGCAAAGACAGACCCAGCAGGCUCUAGAAACUCUUGAAGAUGGAUUUCAGGCACAUAUCUGCCACCUUGCGGAACUGGUGCCCCAGCAGCCCUGCCUGUCCCAUCCAAAGACUGAGCAGCUCCACACUGAUAUCCUCAGUCAGUUGUUGGUGGGAAGAGCUGUACUGGAGGCCCAGGCCCAGCUCAGACUGGAGUCCUUGCAGAGGUGUGAAAUAAGACAACAAAGCCACAGGAGCUGUCAUGAAGACAUAUGGCAACUUCUCUCUGGAUUUGGAGCUACGAUUUUAGACUGUGCUGCAGAACAAGUGACUUCAUAUGAAAAAUGUGUUGCCCAACAUAAAAGAGCAAAGCUUCUGAUGGAGGAUCUCCACAACCUUGCUGGAAAGAUAGAUGAACUGAGAGCCGGAUGUCCAAUGCAGGGCUGUGGGGUUGGAAAGGACGUCGAGCUUGGCGCCCUCUGGAGUCGCUGGGUCUCGUUACGCCGUGGAGUCGGCCUCCUGAUGGCACACACGGAACAGAGAGGAGAGGAAUGGAGGGACAUCACUACUAGUAUGGAGCAGUGUUGCAGCUUUUUGGCCAGUCUACAGGCUGAUGUUCCUGACUCCUCCACUGUGAGCUUCACUCAAGAGAAACCCCAGGAGCUUCUGGCCCAGGCUGAGAUGCAUCAGGCUGGGAUAGAACAAGAGCAGCAGGCCUUAGCCUCCCUGGAGCAUCAACUGGAGCACGCUCUGAGCUUGUCCAGUUCCCAAGAUCCCAUCAGUCCAGGGCCUGUGGGCAAAACGCUGUUGAAGAUUCAAGAGAACGUCAGGAGCUUGAAAGAGAGAAACCUGCUGCUGGUGGCUGCGGCUCAGGCGGAGGAGAAGGAGAGACAGCAAGUUCAAGAGGAGAUGGAAGAAGUGGAGCAACACGUGGUCGCCAUUCUUUCCCAGCUGGAAGCCUGUUCGAGUCCAAGGAAACAAAAGGAGCUCAGAGAGGAUUUGUCGUCCCAGAAAGCCAAACUAAAGAGUAUCAUGGACGACAUUCAGAGCCGCUAUGAUGAGAUUCCAGCUGAUCUUGACAAAUGGAUACAAGAAGUUCAACUGUCUCUACAGAGAGCUGAGGAGAGGGUCGCAGUGAGGAGCAGCCCGGUUCACAAACUGGCAAGUCGAGUGGUGGAAUUGGUUUCUGGCCUGGAGAAAGUGAAAACGCUACUGGAGCAGAGAAGUAAAACAGUCAAUGAGGCUAAAAAUGUGCUCAAGCGUGUGUGGGAUGAGCUGGAUGCAUGGCACAGCCGCUUGAUGCUCCUGGAGAGCGAGAUGCAGGAUCUUGCGGAGGAGCAGCCAGAUCAAGCCCACCUCCUCAUGGACCAACUCACACAGCCUCUGCAGCUCUACCAAAACGCAGCGCAGAUGGCCGAGCAACGCACUGCCUUCCUCAGCAAGAUCCCUGCCUGUCUCCAGGAGUUUGAAGAUAUUCUGUACAGUGCCACCUGCUGGAUGGAUGAAGCCCAGUCAUGGCUUAACGCUCCCUGCUCAUUCACUACAGCCAGAAGCCUCCAGAAUCAUGCAAAAGCCCUGCAGCUGGUCCUGGAUGACUCUGAGAGGAUAAGAGACACCCUGCAGGGCUUUAGAUCAGUGCUGGCUGAGAUCUCUGCAGUGUGUGACAUCAGCAUCCAGGAGGACAGGCUGGACCAGAAUGACCAACAAGUUUGCACAAUGCAACGCAGCGUCCUGGAGCCGCUGAAGCAGCUGUUGCAGGCUGUUGGGAUGGUGGAGGCCAUGGAAACUGAGCUUAAGGAGAUGGAGAAGAAUAUCCCCAAGAUCCAAGCAAUUUUAUCCUCAAUGGACAACUCCAGCAUCACUGUGACAGAGCAUCUCCACAACCUGCAGGUGAUCCUGGCCAACGUGCAGUCGAUGCAGAGGACGCUGGAGGAGAUGGAGAAAUGCAAACCAGAGCUUCACCUCCCACAAGGAGCAGAGGAAAAACUGGUGAUCUUCUCCAAAGCUAGACAGCUCAUGAAGAAGCUCAAAGAGUUGGAACAUCUCACCCAGCAAGAAUCCUUACUGCAGGAGAACAAGAUUGGGGAGGAGGAGGAAACCAGUAAAGAUCUUGGCAUAACUACAACCUUCAACCCUCUUGAAGACUUCCAGCAACAGGACAGAUCUCAACAAAGAAAUCUCGCCCAGCAGGAGGAUUUUGAGGUGUCUUAUUCAGAGGAAGAGGAGGAUGAGGAAGACGAGCAUUGUCACUCGUCGUCCUCUGACACACUAACAUGCAGUAUUCCAGAGGACCCAGACGUCACAUUCAAGCCUACAGACGUGCAAAUCGAAGAUGCAUCUGAUUCUAAGCCUCUCGCUGAUACUGAGGCACUGCAGAAUCUGUCUGCUCAGUUUUGUUCUGUGGAGGCAUGGCUUGAGACUGAAGAGUUUGAAUCAGAGUACUCUGAGACUGGAUUAACAACAAUGGAAACCAGUCUAUAUCCCGAAGCUGAUUCUGGUGAAAUAUCCGGACUCAAAACUGCGACAGAGACAACAGAGCCACUAAUCGCUGCAGCUGCUACACUGGACCCACACAGAUGUCAAAAUAAUGAAACUAUCAUCACUGAACCUCACACACAGUCCCGUCAGGUAGCUGAAGACACAAGACUCAUUCCUGCAAGACCUAGAACUCCAUUUAAUGCCAUGAGAGCAUCAGUGGAGUUCAUAGAGGUGGAACCUCCCCAUCAAGGUCUGGACACUGUUAAUGGGCAGAAGGAUCAAAGCGAAGUCACCACCAGUCAUCCCAGUGUAGUAAAAGAAUCCCAGCGUGCCCAACAGGAGCCCUCAGAGGUGCCAAUCAGAUCGGCCGGACACAAAGAAGACGACGAGGAGCAGCCAAGGUGGAGUCGACUUCAUAUCCAGAUCUCUCAGAAACUGACCACUCUGAAAAAGGUUCAGGAGGAGCAUCAAACUCUGAUCAACUCAGGCGAUGGAGGCAAUGAAAAGGUUCCAGAAAGAGAGCUGGUGUCGACAGGAUCUGCUUCUGCUGUUCUGCAGCGUGUGCACGAGUCCAUUGCCAUGCUAAGACCAAUAGUGAGGUCUGCAGAUGUUUCACAUCCAGAUGUAAAGGAUGAGUUUUACGAGGCUGUUCGUGGGGUUCUCCUCUGUCUGGAUGCUUUGACCGACCUACUGCUGACUCCUAGUGGAGGCAGUGAAGAGGACGGCCAGCUGAGGCUGCUACAACAGGAGUGUGUAUCAACUGAGCUGGUGACUGUGGCUGGCCUGCUGAGAAACAUAGAGUCAGACACCAGGCCUGCAUUUUUAAGGGAAGAAGCAGAUGCUCUCCUCUGUUUGACCUCCCUUCAGCAAUAUCUACACACUGUCCAGCUGGUCUUCAAUUCAUCCCAGAAUCAGCUUAGUGAACAUCUGGGCAUCAAAAACCAACAUCAGGAGCUCUUCUCUAACCAGCCGUGUAUUUUGGACGAGCUUGAGCUGGGACAGAGUGAGAUGUUUCCCACUCUAAAGGAAGCUCCCAGUUUCGAGCAGUGUGUGCUGGGCAGACAUCUGAGACAGAGACCAGGGGAAAAAGCCAAGCUACAGCAAGCUGCACAGUCCUUGCUUCAGGGGAUAACUCGCCUCCUGGAACUGGGUGAAGAAUGCGUAACAGGAGGGCAGAUAAGCCGGGUUCACAACCGCAGCCAACUUCAAGCCGCUCUCUGCAGACACAAGAAGCUCCUGCAGGUCCUCGGGUCUCAGCUGGCUUUUGUGCAGCAUCUAUUCCAUCGUGAGCCAGAAGCACUCAAGUGCCAAGAGGUUGAGAGGGUGCAGCUGGAAGUCAGGGCCAACGCUUUGCAGCAACAGGCUCUGGAACAGGAAGUGGCAUCUCAAAGGAGGCUCCGGGAGUGGAUCCGCUGGGAGGAGAGCUGUGUCAGACUGGGCAGGCUUCUGGAUGAGGUUGAAGCCUUCAUCAACAGCGGAGAACCAGAGGGAGAUGAUGAGGAGGAGGAGGAGGGUGUAGUACAGCACAGACUAGACGCCUGCCAGCGAACCCUGGUCCAGCUGGAUGAGAGCAGAGCUGCUGUAGGACUGCUGCUGGAUCGGGGGAGCGCGCUGCAGACGGAGCCAGCGUUUGCCGCCUCGGUCGGCCAGGCAGGAGGCGCUCUGGAGCUGCGAUGGCGGAGCACCUACAAGCGGACGGAGCGAGAGAUUCAACGCUGCAGAGAUAUCCUGGAAAGCCGGGUCAGGUGGGACAGAUUCCAGACAGAUUUUGCCUCGGUCAGUGAUUGGCUGGUCGGUGCCAACGAACACCUGAAGACUUGUUCAGAUCUGGCCAACACCUCCGACCUGAACCAGGAGUGUGUUCACAGCAGUCUGAUCAAGCUUUUGGACUUCUCAAUAGAGAUGGAUUCCAUGUCGAUCCAGCGGACCUCCGUAUCAAAGCAUGCCACUCAGCUGCGCCACCUGAGGGAAGCUGAUUGCCCCAAACUGGGAGCUCAUCUCUCCCAGCUGGAGGUCAACUGGCUCCAGCUGACCUCUGACCUGUCAAAGAUACAAGAUCAGCUACAGCAGAAGCUGCUGCCAGCUUGGCCGCCGGUGCAGCUGCUGUCUGACCUGGAGGACUGGCUGAAGAAGCUGGAGGCCCGACUGAACCGGGAGAAAGAAGCAGUCCUGAAGGCCAAAGAUGCUGCUCAGAUCACAGAGAGCCUGCAGCGGUACCAGGAGGUAAAGGCAGGCAUGAUCAGCGAGCAGCUCCUACUCGACUUCCUGUCCCAGUCUGGGCCUCAGGGGAUGGGAGCGGACGUCCUGCCUCUCUGCUCCAAACGUACAAUGUUUGGAGAACAACUUGGCGCCCUCAGACUGCAGUCGUUCCACCUGCAGAGAGAACUGGAGAGCCAGAUUUAUGAUGCUGAACAGAUUCAUCAAACUUGCGCAGCCAGAGAGAGACAUUUGCAGCGUCUUCAUAAGACGAUAGAGCGGCACAGAAAGCAGCUGAAUGACUGGAAACAGCCCGUCAGUCAAACGCUGGCUCAUAAGGCUCUGCUGGAGUGGGAGGCUGUUGUGGGGAGAGUGAAGGAUGUGAAAGCCACAUGUGUGCAUGUUGAAAAGGGAGAGGGCCACCCAUGUGAUAGCGCCCUCUCUGGCCGGGCAGAGAGCCUUUGUCAUGCUUGUGAGGAUCUUAGUCAGCAGAUGGAAGCUUUGAGACCAGCUCUAUAUCAGAAUGUGGAGGAGUGGGCUUGUUUUGAGAGAAAUCUGAGAGAGAUUUCUCUACACACUACUAGGGUGCGCUGUUCUCUGCAGCAUCAGCAAGCUCCUCUGCUCUCACUGGAGCAGACACAGGCUUACCUGGACCUCCUUCAGCAACACCAGGAGCAGGCUGGAAGAGGGGAAGAGCUUUGGGCAGCUGUUGACAAAUUAUAUCAGAGUCUCAUGAAGACUGUUGAUCAUGGAAGAGCUCAGUCGCUGUGUGAACAAAUGGAAGAAGAGCGAGGACGGUGGAAGGACAUGCUGCAGAAGAUAAAGGAUGAACACAAGAAGACUGGAGAGAUACUUUCAUCCUGGCAGGAGUACACUCGCCUCUCUGAUAGCUGCUCCCUUCACCUGCAGCGCCUGCGGCAUCAGUGGGAGGAGCUGCUGAGUUCUCAACAGGACACACAGGCCAUGGUUCACUCAGUGCAGACAUUGCAGGAUGCUGCUGAGGACUUGCAAAGCAGCGUGGGAGAUGUGCUAGCAUCUUCCAAGCCUCUCAUUGGACAUCUAGAACCACUGGCUGUGAAUUUAAUCCAAUCAGAGACCAGGCUGCUUUCACGUGACGUCCUGUUGCUGAGCCAGGCGAUGUCAGGGAAAAAGACGAGUCUCCAGGAGGACUUGGGGCAGCAGGAACGAUUUAAUUCUCAACUGGAGGCUCUUGAAAAGAACAUACUGCACAGACAGAAAGCCAGCAUGAAUAACAAAGACUCUGCGAAGCAGGAUCUCCUGGCACUCAGUGAAUCACUGGUUGACGUCAGGGAGAUGAGCGGCUGUGUGAGCCUUAACAGAGAGCAGACACAGAGACGGCACACGCUCAGCAGGCAGUGGAUCGACAGCAUGACCCAGACGUCUGCCAUGAACCGAGAGCUGCAGGCUGAAAGUCAGCGUUCCCUGGACAUUGAGCAGAAGUGUGAGAACCUGACGUCUAUCCAGGAGCAGCUGGAGCAAGAGUCAAUACCCAGAAUACCUCAGAGCUACUCCAACCUCAAAGAAAUGCUGACUGUCCAUCAGAGGCUUCAGACUGAAAUGAUAAUUGGACACCAGCUUCUUCAGGGUCUUCUCUGUGAUGCAGUACAGUGCAUGGAAAAAGAAACAAAACAGAGAAGAUCUGAGCUCAUGACACGAGUGGCCUCUAUGAAGGAAAAGUGGUUCAGCGCUGUUGCUCUGGCUGUGCAGCGCAGGACCCUGAUAAAAGAACAACUGAGCCAGUGGAGGGUCUACCAUCAUGGCUCAAAACAUCUGUGGAAGCUGCUGAGGGAUGUGGACCCUCUGCUGCCUCCUGCUGGCCACGCUCUGUGUACGCCGCUGCAGCUUCGGAGCUGCACGGAUGAUCAUCAGUGUGUUGAAGAGACUCUGGAUCUGCAUUCUACUGUGUACACUCAAACUUUGGAGGCUGGCAAACAGUUGUGUGAAAGUAUGAAAGAGUCUGAGUGUCAGAGUCAACUGCAGUCAGAGCUCCAGGACAUAGAGAAGGUCUGGACACGUACCACCUCUCUGCUGGUGAAAAGAAGAGCCUCGAUUAACACAACUGUUCAGAAGUGGACACAAAGUCAGGACGAGAUAACCAACAUCACAUCUGAACUGGAUGAACUGAAGAUCAGGCUGAAUCAGAAGCUGCCUGAAAGCCCAGAGGACUCUAAGGAGGAGACAAUCAUUCAGAAGACGGACCUCUCUCUGCAGUGUUUGGCCAGCAAAUUGAGAGAACUGGCCACCAUGAAGACGGACCUGUCCCAGUACGUUGUGGCCGGUGACUCGGCUCUGCUGGAGCAGCAGCUGGAGCAACUCCAUGGGCAGUGGGAAGAGCUGUGUAUGAAGGUUUCCUUGCGCAGGCAGGAAAUCGCAGACCGCCUUAAUGCCUGGAACAUCUUUAACGACAAGAACAAAGAGUUCUGUGAUUGGCUGACUCAGAUGGAGAACAAGGUGUGCCACAGUGGAGAUCUGAGCAUCGAAGAAAUGGUGGAAAAGCUGAAGAAGGAUUGCAUGGAGGAAAUCAAUUUGUUCAGUGAGAAUAAGAGCCACCUGAAGCAGCUGGGAGAGCAGCUGCUGUUAGCCAGCGACGAGGCCAAGCAGACCCAGGUCCACGGCUCGCUGCAGGAGGUCAACCACCGUUGGCACAACCUCUUCAACCACAUCGAGGGCAGGGUGAAGAAGCUGAAGGAGACCCUGGUGACGAUGCAGCAGCUGGAUAAGAACAUGAGUAACCUCCGCUCGUGGCUUUCCCGCAUCGAGGCCGAACUGUCCCGACCGAUCACCUACAGCGUCUGUCACCACCAGGAGAUCCAGAGGAGGCUGGCAGAGCAGCAGGAACUGCAGAGGGACAUCGAGAAGCACACGGAGGGCGUAGCGUCCGUCCUCAGUCUGUGUGAUGUUUUGCUGCGGGAUGAAGACGCUGCAGGCGGCGUCGAGGCGGAGAGCGACUCCCUGCAGGAGACCAGCCACAGUCUGGACCAACGCUGGAGGACCAUCUGUGCCAUGGCUCUGGACAGGAGGCUCAGGAUCGAGGAGACGUGGAGACUGUGGUGCAAGUUCCUCGACGACUACUCUCGCUUCGAGGAUUGGCUGAAGAUGGCCGAGCGCACCGCAGCAAACCCCAACUCCGGAGACGUUCUUUACACCGUCGCCAAGGAAGAGCUCAAGAAGUUCGAGAGUUUCCAAAGGCAGGUUAACGAGCGGCUCACCCAGCUAGAACUGGUGAACAACCAGUACCGCCGCCUGGCCAGGGAGAACCGCACCGACCGCGCCAGCCAGCUCAAAGCCAUGGUCCACCAAGGCAACCGGCGCUGGGACACACUGCACCGCAGAGUGGCCGCCAUCCUCCGCAGGCUCAAGUAUUUCACCAGCCAGAGGGAAGACUUCGAAGGCACCAGAGAGAGCAUGCUGGUGUGGCUGACGGAGCUGGACCUGCAGCUCACCAAUGUCGAGCACUUUUCAGAGAGCGACGUCCAUCACAAGAUACAGCAGCUCAACAGUUUCCAGAAGGAGAUCACCCUGAACACGGAGCGGAUUGAUGGGCUGAUUGUGUUUGGAGAGGGUCUGAUCCAGAGGAGCUCGCCACAGGACGCGGCGUUGAUAGAGGACGAGCUGGAAGAGCUGCACUCCUACUGCCAGGAGGUUUUCAGCAGGCUGGUCCGCUUCCACCAGCGCCUCAGCCAGCCCCCGAUCAUCGCAGAAGAACCCGAGCUCUCCAGCACUUCCUUUUCUUUGGAGUCGAGCUUGGAGCUGAUAGGCCGACUGAGGCUCGGGCGGAGCCAAGGAAGCCUCCCGGCCACACCCACCCACCUGCUGACCCCUCCCCUGGAGCGUUCGGGGCGGGAGACGCCGGUGAGCGUGGACUCCCUGCCGCUGGAGUGGGACCACACCGGAGACGUAGGAGGGUCAUCGUCACAUGAGGAUGAUGAGGAGGAGGAUGGCCAAGAGGAAGAGGGAGCUUACUUCAGUGCACUAUCAGACGAGGAGUUGACUGAGAACCGGGAGGAACUUGUCGAAGCCCCUGAGGCCCUACAAGCCUCCUCUCUGGUUUCAGGCAGUUCUCCAAGAUGGCGGUCACCAGGAGAUCCAGAAGAGUCUCUCCAGCUGGAUGUGGAGGGCCACGCUCAGGCUCCACCCGCCUACACCAGCACCCCUCAGAAGCCGGGCUAUUUACAUCUCAUGUCUCAGUGCAGCAGCAGCAUCGAGAAAGUUAAAAGAGCCUCGCUGUUUCUGGAUGACGAGGAGCAGCCGGAGGAGUUUGGUCUAAGAGGAUUGUCCACCUCAGACAAACAGUCAGGUGUGAUUGAACGCUGGGAGCUGCAUCAGGCUCAGUCCAGGACCGACCUGGACGCCGGCCCCGAGGAGCCUCAGAAACUCGCAACUGAUCUCGAUGACAUCACUUCCUGGUUAGAAAACGUGAUCCCGGAGCUAGACCGCCUCCAGCAGUCCGACCCAGCAGCCAGUAUUGAUGACAUGGCAGCCAGAGCUAAAGAGCUUAAGGAGAUGCAUAAGACGUUUGCUCGCUACAAGUCUAUCAUGCUGUCUGUCAACCUGCGAGCUCCGGAAGCCCCAGAGCUACAGGAGAGGAUGGCUGCUAUGAACAGAGACUGGAGCAGAGCCUGUACAGGCCUCCAGCAGUGGGACAACAGUCUGAGGAAGACUCUGAUGUGCUGCCAGGAGUUCCAUGAAACCCUCCACUCUCUGCUGCUGUGGCUGGCCCACGCAGAGAGCAGACGCUACGCAGUGGACAUCAGUCAUCCAGAAACAUCCGUCAAAGCCCUCCAACAACACUGCAACACGCUCACAGAUCUGCAGGAGGAGCUGCGGGGCAGGCAGGCUCAGCAAGCCUCCCUCCAGGGUCUGUGGUCUCAGCUCCAGCCUGAGGAGGGGGCAGAGGACAGCGACGAGGCCAGGGAGAAGCUCUAUGUGACAGGCAGCAAACUGAAGCUGCUCCUGAGGCAGGUGACGAGGGACCUGAGCAGCCUGCAGAAACGUCUGGAUUGUGAAUCUGCAUCAGCGGUCCAGGGUCAAAGUGCCUCUGCAGACGCCACAGACUCAAAUAACGCUCCCUCCACUCAAAGAGAAAGGAGGGACUCUCCGCCUCGCUCCUUCUUCCACAGGGUCCUUCGCGCCGCCUUCCCUCUUCACCUCCUCCUGCUGCUCCUGCUCCUCCUCCCUUGCCUGAUUCCCAUGUCAGAGAGCGACGCCGGCUGCACUGUGACCAAUAACUUCGCCCGGUCUUUCUACCCAAUGCUACGCUACACCAACGGCCCACCGCCAACAUAAUAGUAAUGUACUGAGGUGGGACAUUUUUUAAGAAUACAGGCCACCUUGAAACAUAUGAAUAAAGUGUGUAACAUAUAAAAAUAAUAUGUUGAGUGUAUGAAGCGAUUGUCUUCUAAAACAAGAAAAAAGUCCAAAGUCCAAAAAUAGUAUUUAAGUUUCUAUUUUUAAAGAUUUGAUCUCAAUCUUAGAAGAGAUUGUAUUUAUUCCAUGAACAAAACCACCAAUUAUACUGCUUUUAAAUUUUUUUUAUAUAAUAAUCAUUAAUAAUGAAAAGAUGGAGGAUGAAUUUGGUCAUAAAUCAAAUUAAAAGUCCAAAUACAAAAAAUUAUAGAAUUAAAAUUAUUAAUAUUUUACUACUCUACUAGGAAUAAUCAGAUUAU